GACACUGAACUGGUGAAGAAAAUGUUUCAUAUGUUUGUUAUGUUCUGUUUGUACUGGAGGUGUCCAACUGAUGUGUUUGGUGCUGAUGAAGUGAAGUCAGUGUCAGUGAUGGAGGGGGAUUCAGUACUUCUAAACUCUGAUGUCACUGAAAUACGUGAAGACGACGAUAUACUGUGGAAAUUUGGAGCUGAAAACUCUCUCAUAGCUAAAAUCAAUAGAGAGACACAAAUCUUCUCCACAUAUGAUGAUGAUCCUGAUGGGAGAUUCAGAGACAGACUGAAGCUGGACGAUCAAACUGGAUCUCUGACCAUCACAAACACCAGAACCACAGACUCUGGAGAAUAUAAACUUGAUAUAUUUGGAGCUGAACAUUCAUCAAAAACAUUCAGUGUUUAUGUCUAUGCUCAACUGCGCACUCCUAUCAUCACCAGAGAUUGUUCUUCAUCAUCAUCAUCAUGUUCACUGGUGUGUUCAUCAGUGUUGAAUGUGUGUGAUGCGACUCUCUCCUGGUACGCAGGAAUCAGUGUAUUGUCCAGCAUCAGUGUGUGUGAUCUCAGCAUCAGUCUCUCUCUACCUCUGGAGGUGGAAUAUCAGGAUAAAAACACCUACAGCUGUGUGCUGAACAAUCCCAUCAGCAACCAGACCACACAUCUGGACAUCAACACACUCUGUCACACAUGUGCAGUCUCCUUCUCGUCCUCCAGUCUCAGUGUCUCUGAUAGUGUUGAUCUCUGCUGGAUCUCUGAUGAUUGUUGUUAUAGUCGUGAUCUUCUGCAUCUGCAGGAUAUGUAG